UUAAAAGCUAAAAGUGUGGUUAAGGUCUAAUCUAAUGUGUUAAAAUCACAAAAUAAAUUUCAUGGCUUUUAGCGCCAAAUUUGAUAAAGUUAUUCGAAUAUCUUCAAGUAUUGCGUCCCAUGUGUGGAACGGAUUUUCGACCAUGGCUACAGGCGCUAAGACACCUCGUAUUCUUAAAAGAAUAGGUACUCAUAGUGGCGUUUUUCAUUGUGAUGAAGCUUUAGCCUGUUAUAUGUUAAAACAGUUACCUGAAUAUGCGGAAGCAGAGAUUAUAAGAACGAGGGAUCCGAAGAUUUUAGAUGAAUGUGACAUUGUAGUAGAUGUGGGAGGAGAAUAUAAUCCCAAAAAACAUAGAUAUGAUCAUCAUCAAAGAGGUUUUGAAGAAACUAUAAGUACUGUACGGCCAGAUCUUAUAAAAAACAAAUCUAUAAAGUUAAGUUCUGCUGGUUUAGUGUAUGCUCAUUUUGGUUUUGAAGUAUUAGACGAGAUUUUAAAAAAGCAAAAAAUAUCUGCAAAUACUGAAUGCCUUAGAUCUAUUUUUGUUUUUAUUUACGAGGGAUUUGUGGAAGAAUUAGAUGCCAUAGACAAUGGAGUUCCAAUGUUUACUGAAGGUAAACCAAAAUAUAGAAUAAAUACCCAUUUAAGUGCAAGAAUACACAGGUUAAAUCCAGAAUGGAAUUCUCCAAAUCCAAUUCCUAGCAAUGAAACUUUUUUUAAAGCUAUGGAGUUAGUAGGGACAGAGUUUAAUGAAAGAGUUAUAGAUAGUGCAACUGUUUGGUGGCCAGCUAGAGAGAUUGUAAAAAAAUCUAUACAAAACAGAGAAGAAAUACAUGAAAGUGGACAGAUAGUUUUACUAAACGAAAGAUGUCCAUGGAAAGAUCAUCUCCUGGCUUUAGAAGAAGAUUUGGGUAUUUCCGAACAAAUUAAAUUUGUUAUUUUCCAUGAUGCUGGAGAUUCAUGGAGAGUACAAGCUAUACCCAUUCAACCUGAUAGUUUUAUAUGCCGAGUUUUUCUACAUAAAGAUUGGCGAGGCGUUCGCGAUGACCAACUCAGCAGUAUAUCAGGCAUAAAAGACUGCAUAUUUUGUCAUGCAACCGGCUUUAUAGGAGGAAAUAAGACAAAAGAAGGAGCGUUACAGAUGGCGUUACGAAGUUUAUCUGCCCCUGUUGGAGAUCAGGAAUAAAACUUAAAAUCAAAAUCAAAACUGUGUUUAUGAUUAUCUAACUUUGAUUAAAUUGUAGCAAAAUAAAUGUAAAAAUGAAUGUAGUUAGCACUUUUUGGGUUCUUUUUGUGUAGGUUUUAUUAAUUAUAAGCGCAGUUCAACUUUUUAACUCAAAAUUACACUGAUUUUAAUAAAUUAAUUUUUAACCGAUG